AUGGCUGCGGCCGUGAGGGGGAGGCGGCAGAGCGGAGCAAUGGCGGUGCAGAGGGUGUCAGUACUGGUNGUGCAGAGGGUGUCAGUACUGGUGCUGCUGGCGGCAACCCUGCUCUUCUUCGCCGGCGCCGUGCGAGCUGCCGAGCUCCGCCCGCAGCUGGUGGGCGCCCCGCAGACUAUCGACGACCCUGAGAACGAUGAGGGGCUGGAGCGGGCUUUGCAGUUCGCCAUGACGGCGUACAACAGGGCCAGCAACGACAUGUACUCCAGCCGGGUGGUGCGGAUCAUCAGCGCCAGGAGGCAGAUCGUGGCUGGAGUCAAGUACAUAAUGGAAGUGGAGAUUGCCCGGACAACCUGCACAAAGCCAGCAGCUGAUAUCCAGCACUGUGCAUUCCAUGAGGAGCCCCAGAUGGCCAAGCACACCAUUUGCAACUUCGUAGUGUUGACUGUUCCUUGGCGAAACCAGGUGGAGCUGCUGGACAGCAAGUGCCAGUAAGCCUGUCUAGAUUCCAGCAGAGACCUGCAACCAGUUGUUCAGAUUUAAAAGAAAAAGGCAAUAACACAAACUGAGAUGGGCUUUAUCAAUGCCUAUAACUUGGCUACUGACGUAUGCUUGUGCUAUGCAAAUUAAACAGUGUAAUUUUACUUUUAAAGCACGGUAUGAUCUCAACUUUUUCUUCUUUGGAAUUACUAUUUUAGAGCAGCUGUUUUGGUCUUCUAAAGCUUUCCUAAUAAAUGCACUCCAGCAUCAGAAUUCUUAUUGAAACCCCUUGGUUAUGGGUUAAGUGACUACUGUAAACAUAAAAACUUAAUUAAUAAUUGC